GAGAAAAAAAUAAACAAAACAAAAAAAACAACCCAAAAAAAAAGUCAUGAGUGUGUUGUUACAAGUUCAUUGUUUGUAGGUACAUGUUCAAGUUGCGUUCGCGUUGUUCGGCCUAAAUCAUAUAUACUGCGAUGACAACCGAGAAACCUAAUUGGAACCAACACGAUUUGAGGAAAUAUGAUUUUCCUCUGGAUGACAUUCCUAGGCUGAAUUGUAUGGACCCACAAGUAGAUGAACUUAUUAGACUGAAGAAACCAGUAGUGUUGACGGGAUCUAAUCUCGUUGGUGCUGCAUCUAAAUGGAAUCUAGACUACUUAGAAGAAAACAUGGGCAAUGGAGAUUUUACCAUAUUUGUGAGCGAUAGGAACCAAUUUAAGUUUUUCGAUGAAAAGAAACUUGCGGAGAUUGCGUCUGUAACUGGAGCUCAUGUAAAGGACAGAUCGAAGAAGGAGUAUGAGAGACCUGCGAAAAGCACUACAAUGAAAAUUCGAGAGUUUGCCAGACGGGUUAAAGAGUGGAAAGACGGCGAUGAGAGGAUGUAUCUUCAGCAAGCCUUAAACAGCACUUCUGGAGCUGGUGUGGUUCAAGAUUUCAUUCGGUUCCGCUGGGAUUGGGUGACAGUUAAACAGAAGCUGCAUAAUUGGGGAAAACUUACCUAUAAUUUGCUUCUCAUUGGUUUGGAAGGCAAUGUGACCCCCUGUCAUUAUGAUGAGCAGGAGAACCUCUUUGCCCAAAUACACGGCCACAAAAGAUGCAUUCUCUUUCCUCCGGAACAGUUUGAAUGUUUGUACCCUCAUCCUGUUUGGCAUCCACAUGAUCGCCAAAGUCAGGUUGAUUUAACUGACAUAGAUUACAGUCGAUUUCCAAAGGCUCAAAAUUUGCAUGGAGUUGAAACCGUUGUUGGUCCAGGAGAUGUACUCUACAUUCCAAUCUACUGGUGGCAUCACAUAGAGUCUGUGAAACCUGAAAAGUAUUCAGUGUCUUUAAACUUUUGGUACAAGGCAGGUCCUGUUGGCCAGGUGGAAUAUCCUAUAAAGGGCUAUCAGAAGGUUGCAAUCAUGCGAAAUGUUGAGAAAAUGCUUGCGGAAGCAAUGCAAGAUCCUGAAGAGGUGGGGACUCUGUUAAGGACCAUGGUCAAUGGUCGUUUUUAGUUUUGACAUUGAGCUUUCUUGUUUGUUGUUUUUGUUGUUGCAUUCAUCUGUACUGUAAUCAAUAUUGAAGACUGCACAGGAAAAUGGUUUGACGUGUGAUGAAAUUUUAAAACCAUCUGUUAAGUUGGGUUUAGCUGUUGUCCUCAUCUAUUGUCUCAAGAGAUUUGCACUAGUCCACAUUGAAAACAUUGGUUUAAGCAUAAUCAGAGAUAAAUUAAUGAAUUCUACCUUACAUGUAUUGAGUUGACCCCUAUUUUUAGGGUACUGUACUUAAUUACUAGAUCCUGUUAGGUAUUUUUGUACACUAUUUUUCUCUUUUAGUCUAUUAUUUUAAGUACUAUUUUUACAGUCUGUGAUAAAAUAUUUCCUGCUUGUGUAUUGUAUUUGUCAUAUGUCUAUUUAUUUUAUUUCACAAUGGGCACUUGUUUUCAUGCACCAUUAGUGGAAAAUGGAUUGACCUGUAUGCUACUCUGUGUGGAAGGGAUCUUUUCUUGUUAACCCUUUCAUGUAGUUUUGUGCAGCAGGGUCAUUUUCUUUGAAACUGAUGCUACAUGUCUGUGUAAGAUGUCUUAUGUGCAGCCAGGAGUUUUAAAAUGAGUUGAUGGCCAUGAUCA